GGCUACUUUCUGUACCGCUGCUUCUGUUGUUGUUGUCACCUGUGGGGAUACUAACUGCAAGUAACAGUAAACUUAGAAAACCCCAAGCCGUUAACCCAGAGCGCCUGAGUGUCCGUGUCGGGCCGUCGCCAUGGCUCUCCAAGGCCCGGAGGAACUGGGGGAGCAGGUCGAAGAGCCGGAGGAUCUGGACGACCAGGACGCUAGUAGCAUCUCCCCGGCCGAGGAGAUAACGCUGCCCCCCGGGCCCGGAGGCGACGAGGAAACGGAGGAGGCUCUCCUCCUGCCCUGGGACCGCUUCUCCGCCUGGCUGCACUGCAUCUGUGUCGUAGGCUUCGACCUGGAGCUGGGACAGGCGGUGGAGGUGAUUUAUCCUCAUCAUUCCAAACUGUCAGAGAAAGAGAAAACAAGCAUCUGCUACCUUUCCUUUCCUGACUCGAACUCAGGUUGCCUUGGCGACACCCAGUUCUGCUUCCGCUUCCGUCAGGGUUCCAACAGGAAGUCGUCGCUUGGCUGCUUCCUGGAAACCACAGAUCGGGACGCACCGCCCUGUCUGAAGAGGGAACAGGGCCAUUACUACGGCUAUGUGUACUUCCGUCAGGUGCGAGACAAAUCUCUGAAGAGAGGAUACUUCCAGAAGUCUCUGGUCCUGAUCAGUAAGCUGCCCUACGUGACCUUCUUCCACUCGCUGUUGAAGAUCAUGGCUCCAGAAUACUUUGAGAAACAGGAGCCCUGUCUGGAGGCCGCUUGUAAUGACAUGGACCGCUGGCCGACACCCCAUCCCGGACGAAUCCUAACGCUGCCUAUUAUGGGCGUGGUCAUUAAGGUUCGAAUCCCGACCUGUUACGACAAACCAGGAACCUCGCAGCUGGUCCAGUCCGCCCAGAGUGACAGUCUGGUGUCCAUUGUGCUCCCAACCAUCCAUGAAGUCGACCUCUUCAGGUGUUUCUACCCAGUCUUCUUCCACAUCCAGAUGCUGUGGGAGUUGGUGUUGCUGGGGGAGGCGCUUGUCGUGAUGGCGCCGUCGCCAGCAGAGUCAUCGGAUACAGUGCUGGCGCUGGUCAGCUGUAUCUCUCCGCUGCGUUACUGCAGUGACUUCCGGCCGUACUUCACCAUCCACGACAGCGAAUUUAAGGAGUACACCACCAGGACUCAGGCCCCGCCAUCCGUCAUUCUAGGAGUGACAAAUCCAUUUUUUGCUAAAACUCUGCAGCACUGGCCGCACAUCAUCCGCAUCGGAGACAUGAAGCAAGCAGGUGAGAUGGCCAAGCAGAUGAAAGUGAAGAAACUGAAAAACCUCAAAACUCUGGACUCUAAACCCGGUGUAUACACUGCAUAUAAGCCAUAUCUCAACAAGGAUGAAGAAAUCAUCAAACAGCUUCAGAAGGGUGUUCAACAGAAGAGACCCUCACCAGCCCAAAAUGCAAUUCUCAGACGCUACUUCUUAGAACUGACACAGAGCUUCAUCAUUCCACUGGAGCGGUACGUGGCCAGUCUGAUGCCUCUCCAGAAGUCCAUCAGUCCCUGGAAGAGUCCUCCUCAGCUCCGACCCUUCAUCCAGCAGGACUUCAUGAAGACACUGGAGAAAGCUGGACCUCAGCUCACAUCCAGACUGAAAGGAGACUGGAUUGGACUCUACAGGCAUUUCCUCAAGUCUCCCAACUUUGACGGCUGGUUCCGCAGCAGGAGGAGAGAGAUGACCCAGAAACUGGAGGCUCUGCACCUCGAGGCGCUGUGUGAGGAGGAUCUGCAGCAGAGAGUCCAGAAGCACACAGAGGUGGAGACGGUUGAUCUGGUUCUGAAACUGAAGGAUAAACUGAGUCAGGCGGAGAGGGAGCAGCUCCCGGUGCGCCCGGGGACCCUGGCCAAACUGAGGGCCCACAUCGAGGCCGUCAUCCUAGCCUUACCUGAGGACCUGCAGGGCAUCCUCCACAAGCCCUCCACGCCCUGACCUUUAACCCCUCCUUCUGCAACUCUAACCCCAGUUUGAGUGUGUUUUUAAAGUCUUGGGGGUAGGGGGUCCCCCUCACAGUUGGUUCCCAAUUGGAGGGGCCCCCGUUUUCUCUGACAGGGUCCCCAGUUCAAGGACCUCCGCUUGGGUCUAACAUGGAAAGCACAUUACGUUUUUUGUUUUCCUAAAAUAUACAUCCAAAUUCAGUUCAAUUUACUUUCCCCGCCCUGCUGUGAUGACUCAGUGGACCAAGUGUGUCCCUCAUGUCUCAGCGGUCAGGUGGUACGGAGGCUCCCGGCUGGAGCAGGCCAGAGCUGCUCGUCAUAAACUCCUCUGAAACCGCAUUUAAAAAAUUGUGAGGAAAUGUUUGUCAUCACAGAGACGUGAGCAAUGAAAGGAGCAUGAUCCGUUACCGAGAGUCCACCUGAGCCUGUGUGCAGAAGGAUUUGUCAUCACCGUGGAAGUACGAACAGGAAGGCGACCCCAGAUGACCUUUGACCCUCAGCAUUUUUACCACUUGAUGUUUUUAAUAUUUUUAACUUGAUGAUUGAUGGACUGCUGCAGGCAGAACUGACUGUGGAGUUUUUCAUCCAUUUUUAAAAAAGUUUUUUUUGUUUUUUUUGUUUUUUUUUUUUAAAGAAGUGCACUUCAUCACUAACUGGACCAGUGUGCCCUACACACGCACACACACACACACACACACACACACACUUUUAUGCAAACAAACUGAACCGAGCAGAGCCAAGCAGUGCUUUAUAAUUACAAUUUACUAAGAUUUUGUCCAUAAAAACAAACACACACACACACAGCAUUAAGCACCAGCGACCCUGUAAUAACUGUCAAUGCAGUAAACGUCUGUUGUCUCGGGUGCUCAGGAUCAAAUCACAUCCCUGUAUCCAUGUCUUACCGGAAAUACUCUAAUAAUCUAAAUUGCGCUGAAAUGUUCAGUUGUUGUCAUUAUAUUUGUAUUUUUCAGUCCAAAAGUCGUGAGUCACUGUUGUGUGAAAGGCUGUUUUUAUUUCAGCUGCCUGAAUCUGAGCUCCUCUGCGGGCUGAGGAAAGUCUGUGGCCCCACGGCCUGUGAGACUGUGGAGGCCCAUUCCCGCCGUGAAUGAAAAAAAUAAGUUGAUGAAAAGUUAGAAAUGUUAAAACUUGGUUUAUCAGAUUUAAGAGAUGCUAAGUCAAAAUUAUUAGAUCCCAUGUUAAAACUUUGAAUUAUGUCAAACUUAUAAGUCAAAAUUAAGAGACGCUAAGUCCAAACCUGGAAUUAAAAACUUUAAUGAUUAUUGUGACUCAUUUAGAGGUUAUUAAAACAAACUGAUAAUUUUGACUUGGUAUUUAAUCAUUUUGACUCAACAAGAAUACUUCUGCUUUUGUCUAUUUCAAACAUUUCAUUCAUUCUUCAUUCAAUUCUUUUUUUCUUUUUCUUUGUGAUAAAUUUGAGCUCGGUGCAAUAAGGCUCUCCUCCUCUCGCCCCUGUGGCAACUGGGCAGCAGCAACACAACGCAUUUAAGAAACAUCUAUAUGUCUUUCUUUGAGGAAGCUAAAAGUCAAUCUUUUUAGUUCACUGGUUAGAUUACUAAAUCCAGAGUGCAAAUCCGGUCUAAUUGAAUUAAAUACGUUCUUAGGAUAUUUUUAUGGUUAAUUUUUUAAAGGUAACUUCUAAAAAGUAGAAUUUGUUUUGUGCCGUGUGUCAGUUUGUAAGAGCAGGUUUUUAUUUCGGAGGAAUAUUCGGACACAGUGAAGUGAACCUGAGCUCUCACUUCACAAGCUGCUCUGUCUCACUCUGCAUGUUUGGGACAGUAAAGGCUGGUUUAUACUUUGGACAUGUUGAAUGAUAGAAAUUAUGCAAAACCGAUGCAUUUUGAGCGUCAGCCACAGAUAUUAUCAUUGUUAUUAUUAUCUCACAGACAACAUCCUGAAUCUCGCACAUCUGUGACGAGAUGGAUGAUGAAAUAUGUCUCAGAAUGUAAAGAAAUACACACCUGGGUGCUCUGGCUGCAGUGUCAACAGUUUUUUUUGUGAAAGUAUAAAUAAGCCUUACAGUCCUUCAGGGGCUAACAAACGGAUUCAAUCUUGUCUCCCGAGUCUCAUGUUGAGGCAUUUAUUUGAGCUUAAUCUGCAUAUAAUCGUGUUGCAAAGUCAGCCACAGUCAUCGCAGUUUAAUGUUGUUGACUGUCUUUUUCCAGAUUUUCAGCUGUAAUGGGACAUUUGUUCAAAUGAGAUAUUUGUGAGACUAUGGAGUUAACUAUGGAAGCCCAUUUCUGCUUCCAGUUAUGAAUGAUGAAAAUAUUCAUGACUGGUCAAAACGAUUUGAUAUUAUUUCAUAAUUUUUUAAAAAGUCACAAUUUCAGGUUAGUUCUCUGAGAAUUUUGAUGUAGUAUCUAAAUUUGAGUUGAUAUCUUAAUUUCGACCUAUAAGGACAUAAUUUUGACUUCUGAAUGACAGCUGAAUUUUGCUUCCACAGUUAAGUGACAGGUUGUAAGUCAAAUACCAGUUUUUUCAUUAGUUCCACACAACUGUAUUAAAUUCCUGCAGAGAAAUGAUAACAUAUGACAAAUAUAAGAUGCUGAACACAGGUACUGUCAAAAGAAACUCCCACAACAAUAAUUCCCAGAAUUCACCUGACACUUUUUAACCAGCGUGCUUUUAAAGGAGGAGGGGUCCUUCAGAUGAUUGGUGACCGCUGGGUCAGGCAGGGUCAGGGAACUGUGUGGUUCACGAGAAAGUGAAAAAACCCCAACACUACAGCUGCAUUGUUUUAACGGAUAUAUCACAGAUGGAGUAGUUUUUAUGGUUUUGGUUAAAAUUAUGCUGGUGCCUUAUGAGAAGGAGCAGAACCAAAGUCUCAACGAGUCAAUUAAUGAAUGAAAACUGUUUCCUGUCAAAAUAAUAAGACCAGUUCUGCUCAAGGCUUCAUGUUGAUUCUUUCUUCUUACACUAAAUUUAUUCUGCUCAUGAGCCACCACUGACAAAGGUUAAGCUCCAUCCUUGUCUGUUUUACGUGUUUUCUGCUGAGUAGGCAAACUACACAGAUGCACUGACAAAGUCAAUUUGAAGCAGUAAAAAAAAUGUUUAGAUCUAAGCAAAGUCAAAGAGUCCUGUCAAAUAAAGACAAGUAACAAGCUUGAUCUGUUCGAGCAGCCACCUGAAAUUUUACAUUUUGAAGUUAAAGGGCCAGAACAUGCAGAAGCAUCAGUAUGGUCCUACCUCAAAGCUAAUUAGGCCUGAAUGAGCCAAAUUCAUGAACAAAAAUGAACAAAUCCAUAAAUAAUGACAGCAAUAACAGUUUUACAGGUCAAUUUAAUUUAUUAUGGUGAUUGGUAUUUUCAGAGUGUACAUUGCUCUGACUUACCGGCAGUUUUUUUUUUCUAAAAGUGUAGUUAGUGGCACAUCUGCACAUGAGGUUAGUUGAUGUUUGCAUUUCAAAAUAUCACUUGUUUGAAAAUGUUAAAUGGAAUUGUAGUCAAACUUAUGGAUUUUUUUUUUUUUUUUUUUUUUUUUUUAGUUUCUUUGGAGUCAUUUUACUUUAAGCCGCCAUGUAACGUGUUUUAUGAACACUUAAAUUUUCUUUGCCUUUUUUGUUUUUCAGAUAUUUGUAAAGAAAAAUAACAAAAAAAUGUGCUGGCUGGGAAAAAAACCUGUGACAUCUGGUUGUUGGGCAACCAUGUAAGUUUUAUAUUUGUUAAAAGAAAACAACUUAUUUUAACAACUUUUUUUUAUGGAGGGCUAUUCUCAUAUUCCACUCUGUAGAGAAUUAAGUGUUUUGUACAUAAUGGUGUAAAUGAAAAGGUGGCCCUGAUAUGAGGAUGUACCAUAAUUAUUUUACUAUUACAACAGAUGUCUAGCUAAAUACAGAGAUAUAAAUAAGAAUUUAUUCAUAUAACGUUUAUUUACUUUUCUUAGAAUAAUUACAGUUGUUGAGACACAUUGACAUUUUGAAUUUGUAGCUUCUUCGUUAACAGACACUAUGGGGAUGAAAAGUUUUAGCAUUUCUCCUCACUGACCUUGAAAACAUUUCGUGAGCCUUUUUCCAGAAAACAUCAAUAAUUAAUUAGAUAUUCGCGUGGAGGAUGCAGAUUGAAAUUAUCUAGUAGUUUAAUCUGGUACAAUACAUCUCUUCUUCUGUGAGAUUGUUUUUGUUCAUGUUCCCAGACAAAUAAAUGUAGUAAACUAAAUUAUGUCAACUAUGGUAUAGUUAAGGUCAGAAAAUGAAGAUGUAAUGCACUCUACUUUAAGUAAAAAAUGGUUUAUAACACAAUGUAAUGACACUGAAGCACAUCAAGUUAAGAGCAUCAUGAAAUAUGGAUAUGUUAGAUUUAGAUAUCCACCCAUUGAUAUUUAUUUAAUACUAAAAAAUAUCAAUGUUGACAUUUAAGGUUAACAAGACUUUGAAGUGCCAAAAUCUUUGACCCAUUGAUAUAUCAAGUGUCUGGAAGAAAAAUGACAUAUGCGUAACAAAUUAAAGAAAUCAGUGUUACCUGAUAUAAGCACAUAUAGACGUUAUCUUGCACAGCUUCUCAUAUUUUGCUCCAUUGGCACAGUCACUAUUUUUGUUUUUAUCAAAGCCAUAACCACUACACUAAACCGCUCUGAUGGCCUGAAGAACCACAGAUUUGAUUAAGUAAUGAUAAUAUGAGAAAAGUGAUGAACAAGUUCAUCUUUAUUGACCUUUUUCAAUGGGUGGCCUACAGCUAUUAGUGUUCUUUGUCAGCGAAUAAAUGGUGAUUGCAUAUGUUUAUGUUAGCUUCACUGUAACUUGAACCUUGUUUGAAUAUACUCACUGCUGAAUAUUGUUCAUGACAUUGUUUGCAUUUGCUUGAUACAGUAUUUUAACCAAAAACAUGAAUUACACACAGCAGCCAUUUGAACAUUUGGUUAGCCAUCUACUAGCUAGCCAUCUACUAGCUAGCUCUCUGUGUUGCACAGCUUGUGUUAACCAAGA